AUGUCGCUAGUACUGCCCUUGGCGAUAUGCGGCAUGUCAACUAUUGAAGGGGCAAUGGCAGCCUGCUCAGAUGGACUUGUGAACGUUGUCUUCAACGGACCCUCCAACUCGGCCCAGUUCCCUCAGAAGUUCUCUCAGAUGCCUGGCGCUUCCAACUGGCUUACGUUCAAGUUUGGAACCGAGCCUAAGCAGAUUCCAAUGAUCGGAAACGACAGGGCGGCUGUCAAGAAGGCCAUCGAUGCGGUCAACGGCCCAAAUCCGCCAGACUACCUGCUCACAUUCAACGAGCCUGACCAUGAUUAUACUACCGGCAAGGUGAUUUUGACUCCACAUAACGCCUCUGUUCUCAUCAAACCGUUGUUAGAGUCACCUGGAAAGCAUACAAAAUUCAUCGCACCGGUGCCAGCCGCCCAAAUGAGCUCCUGGCUUGAUAAUUUCUUCAAAGAAUGUCAAUGCAAAGACUCCUUCGCUGCAUACAAUGUUCAUAUAUAUCGAGGAAAUGUCGAGGAUGCUAAAGCCGAGAUAAAUGCUUUCCACGACAAGUUCAACGAUAAGCCUUUGUGGAUUACCGAGAUUGGACCGGGAAAUAGAACGACAGCUUGCCCGAAUCCGCCGCCCUGGAACCAAACGAUCAAGUUCAUGCAAGAAAUUUACGCCUGGGGACAGUCAAAAGAAUGGAUUCACAAAAUCUUUUGGAACACUGGCAAUCAGAUCACCAGCCAUGUAGACAACAAUGUGUGCAACUCUUAUCUACUUGAUGGCAAUGAUAAGCCAACACCACUGCUGAAUCCUUUCAAUCACUUGACUUGUUCGUGA